AUGAGAAUCCUUCCUAUAUUCUACGCGUUUAAGGUCCUAGAAGUCGUCAAGGGCAUCCCGCUGGAGCGGCAACAGAAUGUCGAUUGUGCAGGUCUCGCUGGAGUCCAGGUUGACAAUGCCGCACGAAUCCAUCUCGCACAGAAUGUGGCUAUAGGCGGUCUCACACUAUCUAGUAAUGGAAACUCGAUCCAGAACGAACUUUCUCUCUGCCAUGUCCAAGGAACUAUGAACUACAUGGCGGGCGGGGAUGCUACGCCAGACCUAAAUGGGAAUAACAUACUUACCUGGGAAUUAUUCCUUCCGGACCAGACUCAUUACAAUGGACGCUUUCUUGCCGUAGGGAAUGGGGGCUUCGCAGGAAACAUAGACAAUUUCACCAUGCUCACAAACCUCAAUUCUGGCUUCGCAGUCGCGGGCUGCGAUAGUGGGCACCCACUGUCAGAAGCUGGACCUAGUGGGGCUAAUGACUCCGUACCAUUCCUAGAUGAUAUCGCGAAAGUGAAAGCCUGGAUCCACAAUUCAAUAGCCAUGACCACCAAUAUCACUCGGGCCAUCACUGCCAAGUAUUACGCUGAGCAACCGACCUACAGCUAUUUUUGGGGUUGCUCGACUGGAGGUGCUCAGGGUUAUGCACUUGCGCAGUAUCACCCUAUCUUGUUUGAUGGCAUCUAUGCUGGAAGUCCGGGAAACUGGUACAGCCAUUUAAUACUGAGCUUUCUCUGGAAUGGGCUCCGUGCGACAGGGGACGGAUUGAUCGGUCAAGGUGCUUUGAAUUUCAUUACGAAUCGAACAGUUGCUGCCUGUGAUGAACUGGAUGGCGUCAAAGAUGGUAUAAUUGAGAACCCGCUGAGGUGUAACUUUGACAUAAAGACGCUGGAGUGCCAGCCUGGUCAGACUGCUAUCACCAACAAUAAGACUAUAUGCCUUACUCCAGCCCAGGUCCAAUCUGCACUCCAAAUUUAUGCCGGACCGAAGGAUCAACGUACCGGAAAGCAGAUCUAUCCCGGCUUUGACCUGGGCUCUGAAAACGGUUGGUUAGGCCAAGAGACAUCUUUGUAUUCCUCGUACGCGGCUCCUAUCCUUCGACAGCUAGUCUUCAAAGACAAAACAUAUAACGUCACUUCUUUCAACUGGGGCUCUGAUGUCGAUUAUUUAGACAUCACCGCAUCACCGGCCAUUGACGAAAUUUCUCCCGAUCUCUCAGCAUUCAGUCAGCGAGGAGGCAAGUUAAUCACGCUUCAAGGAUGGGCAGAUCAGUACAAUGCCGCCACGUGGCCAAUCAAGCACCUGAAACAGAUCCAGUCGACUGUACAAGGGCAAGACGCCUCUGAGUUCAUCAGAUUGUUCAUGGUUCCUGGGGGUGGACACUGUGGGGCCAAUUCAGCGUACAGUCACGUACCGGCCACUUACCACGCUCUUGAUGCUUUGUUGCCGUGGGUGGAGGAUGGAAUUUACCCCGAGGAAAUCAUGAGCGAUGCGCCUCCUGACGGGUCGAAUACAACUAGGAAGCUGUGUGUAUGGCCAAAGGAGGCGAGAUUUCUGAAGGGUAGUCUAAGUGAUUGGAACAGUUACACAUGUAUUUAA